AUGCCCGAUCGCGGUGAAGCAAUACGAGUGUACCUGCAGAGUUGGCGCUCUGACGAGCUGAUGAACAUGCUGCUCGGUGCCAAAGUGAGCGGGGCCACUCCCCUCGUGAUAGCUUGUCGCAAUGGCCAUUAUGAUGUAGCCGAAUAUCUCAUAGAAAGGUGCAAAGCCGAUAUUGAACAACCUGGUUCAGUAACAUUCGACGGUGAGACAAUCGAAGGCGCGCCGCCGUUAUGGUGUGCAGCGGCCGCCGGUCACCUGCCCCUGGUCAGGUUGCUGGUUCGCGCCGGCGCGAACGUCAAUUCUACCACGAGGACUCACAGCACGCCGCUGCGGGCGGCCUGCUUCGAUGGACAUUUUGAUAUUGUUAAAUUUCUAGUCGAGAACGGUGCAGAUAUAGAAAUAGCUAAUCGACACGGUCACACGUGCCUCAUGAUAGCGUGUUACAAGGGCCACAUACGGAUCGCAAAGUACUUACUGUCAUUAAACGCAGAUGUUAAUAGAAAGAGCGUGAAAGGAAAUACGGCAUUACAUGACUGCGCUGAAAGCGGUUCCCUUCAUAUAUUAAAGAUGCUUUUGGGUCACGGUGCUACAAUGGAUGUGGACUCUUAUGGCAUGACACCCCUCCUAGCCGCCUCAGUAACCGGCCACACGCAUAUAGUAGAACACCUGAUUAACAAUGAGAACGGUCUCGUGACAAGACAACAACGCAUUGACGCAUUGGAACUUCUAGGAGCCACUUAUGUUGACAAAAGACGAGAUAUGGUUGGAGCUUUAGCCUUGUGGAAAAGAGCGAUGGAUGACAGAUUUCCCACAGACGGAAGUGACCCCUUACCCAAACCAAAGGACAUACCCCGCAUCGAGGCGUAUGACUACGCCGUGGAGCCAAGUAACGUGCAACAGCUGGAAGAAUUAUUGGCAGACCCUGACGCUAUGAGGAUGCAGGCCCUUGUUAUUAGAGAGAGGAUAUUAGGUCCAGUCCACCCUGACACAUCGUAUUACGUACGCUACCGCGGCGCGGUGUACGCGGACGCGGGCCGGUUCGCACGUUGCAGGCAACUUUGGCACCACGCGCUGGAUAUGCAGAGAGCGGUCUUGCCUCCACUAUCGCCCCUUACGCAAUCCAGUCUGUAUAGCUUUUCCGAAUUGUUCUCGUAUAUGCUGGCUGAAAGAGCACGUCCGCCAUUGAGAGGUCGAAUCGUACCCCCAGUUACCUUUGAGGAUAUAGAACCAGUAUACACGAAAGCCUUAUUUGAGAUAGAGAGAGGGGUACAACUCCUUGAGGGCAAACUAAGUGAUGUUGAUAGAGAAGCUACACUCUGUACACUGCAGAGAGUUGUUAUUAUAGCAUUGCAUCUGGCGGCUUUGAUGGCCCGGUUGUUAGAGGAACCGGAUAUCACUCCGGAUGUGGUCAGUCAGAUACAUCGUGCCGUUUACACACUCGUCAAGCUUGAUAUUAAGGUGCGGCAAGGUCGUUCCGCCCUCCACGUGGUGUGUUCCGCAGAGGUGACCCGAGCGAGGGGCGGAGCGCCCUGGUUCGAGCACGGGCAGCCGGCGCCUUCACCUUCGCUCGUGUCGCUUAUGCUGCGUCUGGGGGCGGCGCCCGACGCGCGUGACGCGGACGGGAAUACGCCCUUGCACCUGGCUUGCAAGUUGGACCCUUGCCCUGCUGAAGUAGUACGGCACCUGCUUUCAUACGGCGCCCACAUCGACACGGUGAACUACGAAGGCGAGACGCCGGCGGAACUCCUCAAAGCCACUAACCAAAACCUGUCCACAAUCGUCAAUCCGCUCAAAUACACAACACUGAAAUGCCUCGCCGCUAGAACGGUAAAAAAUUACAAAUUACCAUACAGACAUGUUGUACCGCAGUGCCUGCAUUCGACUAUUAUCACUCAUUAG